UCUAAAGCUAAAUCGUUGGGUGACAAUCAGUACUUUUGAUACUUAAAGCUCAUUUUGUUGAUAGUACUACAUAUCUGUGCUAACAUGUUAAUUCUGGAGAGCUGGACAGAAGAGUUAAAUGAUCUUUAUACACAAAUUAUGCAGCCAUGAUGUUAAAAACACAAAGUUACUUAGGUGAAUUUUAUUCAGACAUUGGGUUUUCUGUGUUUAUUCAGUGGACUUAUUGUAUGUGCUGCACAGUGACCAACCAGUGAGUGUUUGAUUAAUGCACAAAUGCAAACACCACUCCUCCCCAGUCAAUCAUUAGAGACUGAACCCGGUCAGCCGUCAACAGAUUUAUGCAGAAAACCUCCAUAAAAAUAAAAUACAAUUUGAACAAUGAACUAUUAAUUAACCGACAAACGUAUCGCUAUAGAAACGACAUAAAGGAGGUCACACGUUGACGGUGUUCUUGUUUAUUCGGCAUCAUGUAUUGUAUUUAUGUACAAACUUUAUGUUUUUCUGGCUUCGGCAACUCUCUACCGAACUAACCUUGAUGAAAAUAAGUGCUGGGAGGUAAAAUACUGUUAAUUCGCCGUCUGUCGUGUGUUUCAGGAGCUUUUUUUUUUUUUUGCAGGUUUGGUGCAGACCUUCUGAUAAUAUUAAACACACAGAACACAGAACAUCGAGGCGAGAUAAAGACUCACAUUUCCACCAAACAGACUCUUUAUUUCGCUGUUUGCAUCCAUCUGUGUCUGACAUGCAGACCGACGGACGGUGUUUUGGAGAUGGAGACGUUUACGCGUUGCUUAGCAACGGCGACUUCCCGUGUGCGCAUGCGCGAGCGUGUGCCCUUUGAAGUUCAGACGUGACGUCACACGGUAGUUUAUAUCUAGAAGGUGACUUCACACACUCUGGACUUUGGUUUUAUUCGGACACACACACAAACAUACACAGGCGCGAAGAUGUUGAACCAACCAUUCAGCGAAGAGAUGGAGCAAGAGUAUUCCCGCAGGGAUAAUUUCGAGAUGCUCACUUUUCAGCCCCUGAACCAACCAUUCAGCGAAGAGAUGGAGCAAGAGUAUUCCCGCAGGAAUAAUUUCGAGAUGGUCACUUUUCAGCCCCUGAACCAACCAUUCAGUGAAGAGAUGGAGCAGGAUUUACUCAGGAAUAAUUUCGAGAUGGUCAUUCGGGAUUCCCCGAACCAACCAUUCAGUGAAGAGAUGGAGCAGCAGGAUUCCCGCAGGAAUAAUAUCGAGAUGGUCACUCGGGAGUCCCUGAUGCCCAUCCUAAGUGCUUAUUUUGAGACUGUCACCGAGGCACAGUGGAAUCUCCUCAGUGCAGGGAUUUUGUCCUCGAAUCUGGAGAAAACACUGUCCGAAAUGAUCACAUGCAUCGUAAACAGCCUCUGCAAAGAUCUCUUCCUUGCUACAUUGAAGACGUGCAGGCAGCGCGGGAAUCUAGAUCAGAAUGAGCUCGAAGAGGUUGUGGACCUGUUUAACCUGCAGAUUGAAGAGACCCUCCCCAGUAGUUUUGCAGAGGUGCUCAAUGUACCCGCGGAGGAAUGCCUGGAAGAUUUAACGUAUCCGGUCCAGCAAGAGGUCGCACAAAAGUUUGUGUCCCUUGUGGAGCUGGCCGCAGAUGAAAAGGACAUUGAGGACAUUAAUAUCCCCAUUAGUACUCUGCCACAAAUGAUUCUUAUUGUGACCACAUAUCUUAAAAAAGCGGUCGCUAAACUCAAGCCAUGUUGCCUGAGACUGUGCUGUUCACCGGGCAGCAGGAAAUCAAAGGGAUCGGAUGGAUGGGAAGGGUCAUGUCAGAGUGACGACGAUCCUGCCCCCAACUUGACUGACAGCUUGGAUGACAUCCUUGCGCAACAAUGUUUGAGACCGGACCUGGUAGAGAGGGAAACCUCCUCUGACCUCUCUUACCACUCUUCGCGGACACAGACACCUUGUGGUGAUAUAGCGCGACUGCUUCAAUCAGUGAAAGACUUUUUUACCAGACCGGACCUGACAACAGAGAAGACUGGAUUUGCAGCAUUUCAGGAGCGCCUCUUUUGCAACUUUGCUGACAAAAAAUUUGUGCAUCUGAUUGAGGACAUAAAGAGCGCAAUCAGACAAACUGGCAGGGUUGCUUCUUUGUCCCCGGACAUCUCUGACGACGACAACGAAGAAAUGAUGGAUGAAAAUGGAUCUGACACAGUGAAACCUGCAACAAGUGGCCAAUCGGUUCAGGAAAAAAUCAAUUCUGAGAUCCGCAUCUUUUCCAAGGACUUGGUCAAUAAGAUCUACGGUCAUGUCAUGGCUGGUCAUACUUACAAAAUUCCAAUGACUGGGAUGAGGAGAAGCCUUUCUGACUCUGUGAUCUACAGGGUCAGAAGGUUGGAGGACGCCACGCUCCACGAAUGUUCUCCUGAGGCUCUGUACGGCAUUACAGAGCAUUUCAUGGUAAAAUUCCUGCAUGAUUUGAACAUUUUCUGGAUAGAUGAUAAUGUGCGUCACGAGGACGCAGUGUCUGAACUAAGUCAGUUCAGAGCCACGCAGACACCAAGAAUCUCUCCUUUGAAGCCUAUUGACUCUUUAAUGUCUGAAGAGGAAGAUGACAGUGUGUCUCUACCAGUUACCUCCUCUUUGACCAACACAAUCGUCUCUCUUCUGCUCGUGAAGAUAAUCAAAAGGGCUCCUCGGAAAAUGAAACGGCUUGUUGAGAAUAUGGACAUCUCCAGCAUCAUCAAUCGUCUGUCAGAGGCGCUCAUGGGUGAGAUCAGCAAUCCUGUCUCUGUCAGACAAAUGAAAAAGCUCAACAAGGCCGUGAUUAAGGGACUAAUCAAGGAUUUUGGCUCUGAAAAAAAGAUGCUGGCUGCACUGGUAUCAAACGAUAGAUCUUUCGAUGCCGCUGUUGUGAAACAGUUUAAGAUCCAACAGAAUCGCCCGACACAGAAGAGUCCAGUCUCCAGGUUCUUCUCGGCUUUGGGAAAAAUAGCCAUGGGGUGCAUGUGCAGUAGCGGGUGCUGCAGCGAUGAUUAAAUAAUUGGUUAGGGUAAGGGAUUAUGGUUUUCUCCGGGUGCUCCGGUUUGCCAAUGGUCGUAUAAUAGCGAUAAUCAUAAAAGAAUUUUAGGCCACACAACAUCUUGGCCUUCCAGCAAUGGUCCGUGUUGGGCUCCCAGCCCUGAUCUUUGCUGUUUCACCGCUUCUUUUAACACCUUUGAAGCUUCAAUGUGGUGGGUUUUCUCCGGGUGCUCCGGUUCCCCCACACAUUGUAUGACAACUAUAUAUUAAAAAAAAAACUCGUUAGUACAGCAGCCAGUAUAUCCACCUAUCUGGUUGAAGACCGGGAUUCGACUCCCCGAUAAAUGACCAUCGCCUUCUUCAAGUGGUUAUGAUACGAGAUUAUGGUUUUCUCCGGGUGCUCCGGUUCGCCAAUGAUUGUAUAAUAGCGACAAUCAUAAAAAACACAUGAAUAACAGCAAUACUGAUAAAAACUAAUUAGCCAUCAGCCUUAAGCCAUUCAGCUUAUGAGGAACAAUCUCAUGGGUUCACAAA